AUGGCUGCUUUACCGAAGAUUGAAAAAGAGUUGGCUGCUGCAGCAGCCAAGAGUGCGCAACUGGAGAAAGAACUAGGGGCAUUGCACAAGCAGAGGACAGUUCUUGAGACUCAGUUAACUGAGAACAAAAUGGUUGAAGACGUAAGUGAUCUUCGAUUGUCAUUGUUCUUCUUUAGGAGUUAAAAUUGUUGAAGGAAGGUGAGACUGUCUUCAAACUAGUAGGACCAACGUUGUUAAAACAGGAUUCUGACGAAGUCAAACAGAAUGUCGACCAUCGUAUUACACACAUAAAGAAGGGAAUGUGGGUUAAUUUGUUAAAACUAACGAACAUUGUCUGUUUUCCCAGUUAUGAUUAGGAAUUUUUGCAGUGAAACAGUUGAAGAUAAUAUCAAGAGAAGUCAGAAACAGAUGGAGGAAGUCAGGAAGACCAUCACUGAACUCAAGACCAAACAGAUCAAGACUUAA